GAGCGGGCGCUGCGCGUGCGCGGCGGGAUGGGCAGCCCGGCGGGCUGGCGCGCGCCUCCCGCCAAGCGGGCGCGGCACGAGAGCGGCCCCGCGGCCAUGGGCGAUCGCUGCGACCCGCGGCGCUGGGACACCGAGCGGCUCUGCCAGCACCUCUCGCAGUGCGGCCUGGGCGAGCCCGACCUGCUGCGCCGCUUCCGAGAGAGCGGAGUGACCGGGAGCAUGCUGCUGGACCUGCCGGCCUGCGCCCUCGAGAUCGCCCGCGUCUGCCGCCCUGCGGAGAGACUGAAGGUGCUGGCGUGUCUGAACAACCUGCACCAGCAGCUGAUGGACGAGAAGAAGGUUUUCAACGAUCCCAUUCAUGGGCACAUUGAGAUACAUCCCCUUCUUGUCCGCAUCAUCGACACACCUCAGUUUCAGCGCCUCCGAUACAUUAAGCAGCUGGGUGGCACUUACUUUGUGUUUCCAGGAGCCUCUCACAACCGCUUUGAACACUCCAUAGGAGUGGGUUACCUGGCAGGAUGCCUGGUUCGUGAGCUGAAGGAGAGACAACCAGAACUGGGUAUAACCCAGCGAGACAUCCUCUGUGUAGAAAUCGCUGGGCUUUGUCAUGAUUUGGGUCAUGGGCCAUUUUCACACAUGUUUGAUGGAAGAUUUAUUCCACUCACUCGUCCGGAUUUGAAAUGGAAGCAUGAAACUGCUUCUGUUAAAAUGUUUGAGCACCUGAUUGCUUCCAAUAACCUAGAAGAAGUCAUGGAGGACUAUCAUCUUGUCCUGAAAGAAGACAUGAUCUUCAUCAAGGAACAAAUAGGAGGGCCUAUAGAUGAAACUGCUUCUGACAAUCCGUGGCCGUACCGUGGGCGACCGAAGGAGAAAGGUUUCCUGUAUGAAAUAGUGGCUAACAAAAAAAAUGGCAUUGACGUUGACAAAUGGGAUUAUUUCGCAAGGGAUUGCCAUCACCUAGGAAUCCAGAAUAACUUUGAUUAUAAACGAUUACUUAAACUCAUCCGGGUCUGCGAAACGGAAAACCAGAAGGUUAUCUGUACCCGAGACAAGGAAGCUGAAAAUUUGUAUGAUAUGUUCAACACACGGCAUCUGCUGCACCGGCGAGCGUACCAGCACAAGGUUGGCAACGUCAUUGAAAUAAUGAUUACAGAAGCCUUUCAAAAAGCAGACAAAUAUUGGAAAAUAGAGGGCUCUGGAGGAAGAUUGUACCAGAUUUCUACAGCAAUGGAGGACAUGGAAGCCUACACUAAGCUAACUGAUAACAUCUACCUGGAGAUUCUGCACUCGACUAGUCCAGAACUGGAGGAGGCACGAGAAAUUCUGCAUAAAAUACAACGACGUGAACUAUACAAGUUUUUAGGAGAGACUCGACCUGAAUCAAAGGACGUUUCAAAGAAUAAUGAACUGAAGGAGAGUUUUGCUAAAUCCAAGCCAAAAGUGAAUCCUCCAGAUGUGGAGAUAAAGGCCGAAGACAUCAUAGUUGAUGUUAUCAAUAUGGAUUAUGGAAUGAAGGAUCAGAAUCCCAUUGACAAAGUUCGCUUCUUUUGCAAGGGUCGUUCUUACAAGACCAUUACAAUCAACGAAGAUCAGGUUUCAAGGAUUUUACCCAAGACGUUUUCAGAGCAGGUUAUCCGUGUUUAUUGCAGAAAUCAAGAUCCAGAUGUUUUUUUGGCUGCGAAACAGUAUUUUGUUCAGUGGUGUAUAGACAAUGAUUUCACCAAACCACAGGAUGGUGAUGUGGUUGCCCCUCAUCUGACUCCAAUGAAGAGAAGCUGGAAUAAGACGAGAAAUGAUGAGCACAGGACACCUGAGCGCUCAUGCAGACAAAAGCUUUCUUUUGAUAAGUAACACUUCGUUUGCACUGUUCCGUCUGCUUCUUCAGAAGAUGAGUGAACCCGAUUCUUUUAAAAGCCAGUUGGAUGGACUGUAAGAAUUUAUGGAGCAAUGCAGAAAUGCAUUUUACAAUACAGUAGGUUUUAAUGUAGGUACUUAAACAAAGUGCAUAUCCCAAACAGAGUUCUAAAAAAUUAACAACCUAUUACAGCAGGACAAACUGAGUUCUUGUUGUUGAAUGUAUGGGCACUGUGCAGCAAGAGUCAUUUUACAAAUUGCAAUUCGUCGUUGUUACAAGAAGUGCUGAAGACACAUUACUGUUCCUUCUAGUCCCGAUCCCUUCCUCAGAUGAUUGUGAGAUGACAUGAACUAGUGGAAGAGCCUCCAGCUCAGGGAAGAGAGCAGUGAGUGAGCUUCUGACACAUGGAGCUUUGAAACAACCAUAGAUGGCAUCUUCAAGAAUAGCAGAACGAAUUUCAUUUACAAAAAUGAGGGGAGAGGGGAAUUUUAAGUACCAAAGAUUGCUUUUCUGGUUAUUCAAAAAGCUGCUGAUGAUCCAGGUCUCUUGCUCUAAGUGCGACUACAGUUUUUAUUGCCAUAACAAUGCAUUGCAGUGCCAUGCAGCCUUUUGUUGUUUUAUAGUGUAUUUUUGUUACAUCGAAUGCUACAUUGAAUGUUAUAUUUUUACUGUUACACUGAAUGACAAAACCCGUCUGUUGCUGGGGCGCUCGCAGAGGACAGAGCGGCCCCGGCGCUGCCAGGACGCGGCACCUUGUUCCGCGGCACCGCGCUCGGCCGGGCCCUGCGCGGACCCUCCGGUCUUGUCGCCCUUCCCUCUCGUCCCUGGACCUCUGAUCGCUGUUCCUGUGACGUCUUUUUAUCCCUUGUAGAACUAUAAAGGUUCUCACGUUUUUCCCUGGCAGGACUCGUGAGUGUUGCCGAAUGUCUGUCCAGGUGGAAGAGUGCCCGAGGAAGAGCUUUUCCUCUCGUGUUUUACUCAGGUCCAAGAGGAAGGCUGCUUUCAGUAAAUAAAACCUAAAAGCUUGAAAAAGCCCAUCCUCAAAACUGAAAAUGCAAAGCAAAAGGUUAAGUAACACUCAGAAAUUGGAACGAGAUUUGGGUUUUUAUAUCUGAAGUGGGGAAAGAAGAGCUCAGCGUUCCAUGUGGGCAGCCCAGUGUGGGUAACUGGUUAGUUGCGGAAAACUAACCCAACGCCAAGUCACUGCGGGAGAACUGCAGAGCUCUCUCCAUCUCUCAUUACAUUUCCUUUGCCCUUUUUGUCACGGGAGCUGACGGCUGGUAGGCAGGGGGAGGAGAAUGAGCUUCCACCUACUCAGAGUCCAUUUGCUGAAAUAACCAGGAGCUGCUUUGCACUCUGCUGCUUUCUGACGUACACGUACCCGUCUGUCUAAAGGUGACACGGUGCGGCCUCUGCUGUUCGUAUCUUUAACAAUAUUUCCAAUCUGCAGGUGUACCAGAUAACUGUUAGAAGGGGUUGUGACCUCUUUUAAAGAAUUUCUUAUUAUGCUUCAAGAAACAGCAUCAUAGAGUAAAGGCAUUUAUCUCCCUUAUGGGCAUAAAAUCAAGUGUUGUUCAGAAUAAUGUAAUUAUGUUACUGUUGCUUGGGUUUGUUUUGAAUCUGUUAUAAAAGGUGCACUUUAUACUUGGGAACUAUCUUUUGCUUACGUUUAAGGAAAAAAUCAUACUUAAUGUUAAAUUCUGAGACAGAGCGUUUCUUUUCCUCAUGUUAAUCUGAGCCUCUCGGGACUGAGAAUAAAUUUAUAAGCAAUGAUUUCACUCUUCUAA